AUGCAUAGACUGGUAUAUACUCAGUGUCGUUGUUGUUGUUGCUGUAUCGUGUCUCUAUCUGCCUCCAUCUGCUCAGCUUACUGUUAUUGCUUCUUUUAUUUUUGUCAAUACCACCGAUAUUUGAUUAUUCUCACUGAAUUUACAAUUGUGAUCAAUUUAAAUUCGAAAAAUUAUCAUCAAAAUUAUUCUUAUAAUCGUACCAAUCAUUUAACUUUAAAACUCACUAAACAACCGUUGAACAGGGAUUAUUUCACAACAUCUAUCUACAAUUUUUCAAAAUUCAUUAUUGAUAACAGGUAUCAUUUUUUCAGUUCACUAGUUUUUCAGUACAUUAAUCUCAAAAUAACUGAUCAGACUUUGGUGAAUAUAAGUAAUAAUCAUAUUGCUAACAUUACAGAUCCCUUUAAUAUCCUCUAUACUGCUACUAAAACAGACUAUAAUAAAGGUAAGUUUAUCUCAAGUAACAAGCUCCAUUUGGAGCAUCCGAUGGCUGAAGAAUCUGUAGACAGUGGAAUUUCCAGUGAACUGUAUACCGGAAAUACUGAUCAAAACCUGUGUCAACUGACAAUCGGUUUACAACCAAUACAAUACAAAAACGAUAAACAAGAAUUACAGUCAGUUAAAUCUUCAUAUACAGAAUGUGUUACACCGAAAAAUCAUGUAGUCUCUUUUGGAAAUUAUCCUUGUGGUAAUUCUAAAACAGACUACGGUUAUCCUUUUCGUUUUCACCAAAGUGAAAAUAAUAAUAAUAGUAAGCACAUUGACAAGCGUCAGCUUUUAGAAAAGUUCAAAAAGUCCCAUUUCAGUUCAUUCGAUUCCGCUAUUGAAACAAGUUCUGAAUCAACACUAUCACUUGUAUCAAGUUUAUCUGGAUCAUAUCGAAAUUCGAAUUAUCCACGUGUUAAGUUCAAUUAUUCUAAUUUCAUUGAUCAUACUAAUUGCAUUGAAGAAUUGAACAGAAAUAUGACAGAUAAUCCUAAUAAACAAAUUUAUCAAGAUUUCUAUCCAUGUGAUAAACAGUCGAAUAGAUAUAAUUUGAAUGAAGGCAAAAAUGUAAGUCCUAGAGUACAUUUUGUUCAGGAAGAUGGAACGAAUAAGACAAAUCUACCUGGACCAAGUAGGUCAGUUUUCGGGAUAUAG